AUGGCAGAUUUUGUGGAGGAGCCUCGUGUGGUGCAGUCUGAGAACCACGGAUGGCAGAAGGUGACUAAUGUUAAGAAGCAGCGUCGCCAGGAACAGAAAGACUCAAAGAAGCCGUCAGCUGCAGGAAAAUCCGCAGGUGGGAAAGGGUCGAUCGGCCAAUCCGUGUUUUCUUCGCUGGAGGAUGAAUCUAAGCAGAGGAGAGCGAGGAUCGAAGCUCGCGCAGCAGCUGCUGCAGCAGCUGAGCGGGAAGCGGAGCGUGCAGAGUACGACGCUGACGAUGACGAUGAUGAUGAUGAGGAGAGGGAAGCCAAGGCCCCAGCAGCAGCAGAGCCUAAGAAGCCUAAGAAACCUAAGAAGCCCAAAGUUACCGUUCUGGAGGCUGCGACAGCGAUCAAAGUGGACGAAUUGUCCGCGUUCCUUGUCGAGAUCUCGGAAUCCUUCGCAGGCAUGCCGGAUGUGCAGCUGAUGCGUUGUGCGGAUUUCUUCGCACGAGCCUUCAGCGCGGUGCUUCCAUCGCAGCUCAACAUCCCCAAGAUCAUCCGAGAUUCCAGCUUGGCCAAAGCCCUUGACGAGGUUCGCACAACCGCCUCUGAAUGGCUGGCGGAGCGGCCUGCGGACGCGCUGGCGAAGUUUCUGGUUACCCUAGUGCGAUCGGCGCUCGAGGAUGUGCUGCCAGUCGGCAAGGUGGCCAAGGGAACCGCCGCACAGCCGCUGACGCCGCCCAAGGCCAAGGUGGGCAUGCUGGUGCUGCUGGUGCUGCUGCUGCGGCGACGGCCGGACGUGAUGCUACAGGCGGCCGACUCCAUCCGCACGGACCCUGGCUGCCUCGGCCAGGACAGGCUGCCCGUGCUCGCCUGGAUGUACGGCCAGGUGGCAGUGGUGGAUCUGGUAUCGGGCAUGGCGCUGCUGGUCAGCAACCUCAUGCCCUUCACAUCGGGCAAGCAGGGCUCGCCUGUGGGCCGCGACGUCACUCUCACCUACUUCCAAACCGUGCUGCUGCGCGGCAACGAGCGCAAGGCGAGGGCGGUGCUGCUGAACGGGGCGUUCCGCAAGGGCGAGCGGCUGGUGCCCUACUCCACGCUCGACCAGUUCCUGCGCCUCGCCUUCCCCCCCGCCUCUGCCCGCACCAAGGCCACCGACCGCUUCACUGCACUCUACCCGCUUCUUAAGGAUAUCACGCUCGCAGGCUCGGGCCGAACCAAGUCCACCAAGGCUGUUGCCACGAUGCUGCUUCCGCUGAUGUUCCGAGCCGCAGGGGAAGAGCCUGAAGCGCUCGCCCAGGAGGCGAGCAGCCUCUUCGUAUGGUGCUUGGCAGAGAACCCUGACUGCUACCUGCAAUGGGAGCGGCAUCAUGCGGAGGACCAUGCCACGAGCACACUCCUGCUGACCUAUGUGCUGCGCUCAUGGCCCACUGUCAAGACGCAGCUCGCGCCCUUUGACCCUCUGCGCAAGUUCCUUGCCUCCAUUCGCAAGAAGCACAUUGCGGCAUUGGAGGAGUUGGAUGAGGGCCAAAUAGCGCGGAAAAAGGACAUCCAAAGCGCCGACGCAACAGCGAGGAAGCUGCAAGGGAAGGUGGCUGCAGGGGGGAGCUGCGUGGUGGUGUCGGCUGCUCUGGUGGCCGUUGCAGCAGCAGCAGCGUAUGCAGCCUUCAACUUGCCACCUCAAGGCGAGUUUAACCUGGAUAUUGAUGCCGUGCUGGCAUUGCUCAAGGGUAAUUAA